AUCUGGUCUUAAGGCAUUUAUCUCCGGUUCUGGUCUGUCUAGAACUCAUCUUUCAACAGAGCUGUGGGACAAUGGCAGACUUUCCAUCCAAGGUUACCACAGAAACCAGCUCCCCCCACUCUCAGAGCUCCCAGCAAGGGGGGAACAGCCUCCAAGGACUUGCUGCCAGCAUCACAGCCAAGGUGGACGUGUCCUUCCUCCGAAGUGUCCCAUCCAUCCUCAUGCUGGCUGAAAUAGUUCUGGGGUUGCUCCACUGGGCGCUGAUUGCCAGCACACCUUACAGGAUAGAGCCAGCGUACGGCUGGGUGAUGUUUGUGGCCGUCACACUGUGGAUCAUCACCACCAUCCUCUUCUUCCUGAUCCUGUUCAACAUCCAACGCCUGCUGGCCUUCGUUCCCUGGCCCCUGGUGGUGAUGAUGUAUAACGGAGUUGCCACGGUCCUCUACCUCACAGCUUUCCUGGCCAAUGCAGCGACUGUGAAGACCUUCUUGUUUUCCCUUUUCUACGGGCACAUUGGAGCCGCUGCUUUCUUCGGUGCGUUGUUGACCCUGGCCUAUGGUGCGAGUGCUUUCUUCGCCUACAUGGACUGGAGGAGCGACGGGGGAAACGCAGCCACCGACACGGUGCCGACCUAAGGACUCCGUGGAACCUGUGAUUCCCCUGAAGGAAGAGAUGAGACUCAACGAUCAACACUUCGAUCACUUGACAAUUACUGCGGAUGCUGCAACCCCCAAACUUCAAUUUUCACUCCAUUGUGACCAAAACAACAACAUAUCUCUUACUGAACAUUAGUGGAGCAACAUUAGAGGCUCUGAUGGACUGAAUAAGUGUCUUUAACGAUACGAGACUUUGCAAUAUCCACAGAAUUCACGCUCCGAAGUCCUUUCAAGGGCGAGGUCAACUGGGUCAACGGUGACUGCAUCGGCACACCUUCAGCUUUUACUGACAAGUUGAUGUUUUACCUGAGCUUUAACUUUUGUCUGCAGUUUCCUGGAGUCUUAUCACGUCUGAUUACUAAUUACAAUGUCAAACCAUAAAACUGCAGCACGUCCUUACACUGAUUUUUGUGCAGGUUAGCACGAGAAACUAUAUAGCAAAGAGAUUUUUUAUACGUUUGGACGUUGGUCUUUUCUUAUUUUGCUCUGUUUUAUUGUGGUUAGUAGAGGAAUCUUUACGUUUAAGUCAAAGUUAGUUCACUCAAAUGCAGUUCAGUCAUGGUAUCAGGUUGAAUUAAAGGCAAGUCAGCUUGUUUUUAUAUUUGUGAGGACAUUUGCUUCUCUCGUGAGGAGUGGUUGAAU